AUGGAAGUACAAUGCGUGGCUGCUACUCCCACCCCAGUGAUUGAGGAUGUUGGUGUACCGGCCGAACAACGGUCAACCGAGGAGCUAAUACGUUUUUUCAUUCCUAGGGGCGAAGGAAGAUAUAUUUUGAUUGGGAGUUCGCUGAGCAUAGCCGAAUGUGAGGAGAUGUAUGAAUUCUUAAUGAGAAAUAUAGAAGUCUUUGCUUGGACUCCACAGGACAUGCCGGGCGUGGACCCUUCAUUCGCCAUGCACUCAUUGAAUGUCGAUCCAAAUAGGUGGCCGGUGGUGCAAAAGGUUCGCCGCUCAUCAGCCGCACAUACCGAAGCUGUAAUUGCAGAAGUGAAUCAACUGUUGGAAGCGGGCGUCAUUCGGGAAGUGUUAUAUCCCACCUGGCUCACAAAUCCAGUGGUUGUCCCGAAGAAAAAUGGGAAACUAAGGGUUUGUGUCGAUUACACAAACCUCAAUGAUGCCUGUCCUAUGGAUCGAUUUCCCCUCCCUCGGAUCGAGCAGAUGGUCGAUGCAAUGGCAGGAUGUGAACGCUUGAGCUUUAUGGAUGCGUAUUGGGGCUAUCAUCAAAUAGCUUUGGAUCCAAAAGAUCAGGAGAAGACGGCUUUCAUCUCGCCUCAGAGAACUUACUGUUACAAGGUUGUCCCGUUCGGCCUAAAGAAUGCUGGUGCGACCUUUCAGCGCUCCAUCACGAAGAUGUUCCCUGGCAUGCUCGGUCGAAAAGUAGAAGCUUAUAUCGAUGAUUUGGUUUGCAGGAGCGUUUUCGCUCGGGACCACCUUCGGGACCUGGGAGAGGUCUUUGCUGUUCUUAAACACAGGAAGUUGCGUCUCAACGCUGAGAAGUGUGCGUUCGGUGUCAGCUCGGGGAAAUUCCUUGGGUACAUGGUGAGUCGCCGAGGAAUCGAAGCUGACCCUACACAAAUCUUGGCCGUGCAAAGGCUCCGAGCUCCGACUACUAUUAAAGAGGUACAGCGGCUCACAAGGAUGGUUGCUGCCUUGAACCAUUUCAUCCGACGUUCGAGUGAUCUCUGCCGUCCGUUUUUCCGAGCAAUCACAACUAGCCGACGUAGAUUCGUAUGGACCGAAGAGUGCGAGCAGACUUUGCAAUCUUUAAAGCAAUACCUGUCCCACGCUCCUUUGCUUGUCAAGCCCCUGCCUGAUGAAAACCUGUAUCUGUAUCUUGCUGUCUCAGAUCAUGCUACAAGCGCGGUUCUUGUUCGGAAAGAGGGAAUGGAGCAUCAACCAAUCUUCUAUUCCAACAAAACAAUGACAGACUUUCAGACGAGCUUCUCUCAAGAUUUGGCUAACUUUGACAUCCAGUUUGAACCUCGGACAGCUAUCAAAGGUCAGGCAUUGGCCAACUUCUUUGCCGAACUUACUCCAGGGUUGCAAGAUGAAGCCAAUGCACUGGCCACCGCCUCAAACGAAGCUCGUAUUCGGGAAGAAGAGGUUUUAGAAGGGCCAUGUAACCGUUCUGUGGAGCCCCUUCGUGCUCGGUAUUCCCUCGGGCGAAAGCAACCAAAGCGACAAUGGAAGCUCUUCUCCGGCGAAGCCUGGCGAUUGACCGUGGAUGGAGCAUCUGAUGUUCAUGGAGCUGGAGCAGGGAUUGUCCUUGUGUCUCCGAGCGGUACGGUGCAUGAAAGUGCUGUCUCGAUUGGAUACCCGGCGAUGAACAACGAGGCUGAGUACGAAGCCCUGAUUGCCGGCCUCCAACUUGCUCUUGGGCUCGAUGCAGAUUCGAUGCAUGUCUUUUGUGAUUCACAGCUCAUUGUGGGUCACUUAAACGAAGAUUAUCAAGCCAAAGACCAGCGUAUGAAUGCCUACGUAAGCCACGUAUUAGCCUUGUUCGGCAGAUUUGGCCGAGUAGAAGUCGAAUGGAUCUCUCGGGAGCACAAUGCACAUGCUGACGCCCUUGCAGGACUUACUUCCGUUUACAAGACCUCAGGCGGUCGCACUAUUACUUUCGAUGAAGUGGCAACCCCGAGCUUUGAACAGCCGUGUGAACGUGUGAUGGCCAUCUCCCUCGGCGUAAAUCAGCUGGAUCGAGUGAUUGCUUACUUAAAAAACCAGGUGGUGCCAACGAACAAGCGUGAAGCCUAUAAGCUCCGUUGCCAAGCGGUUAAUUUUUUCCUAGAUCCGAACGACAACUUGUACCGACGGACUUUUACUGGCCCGGAUCUGUGUGUCGUCCACGACGACCUUGUACAAGCUGUUCUAGAGGAACUCCAUUCGGGAAGUUGUGGUGCGCACUCAGGCGAACGAUCCCUUGCACAACGAGUGUUGACACAAGGCUACUGGUGGCCGAAGAUGGUGAAGCAGUCCGAAGACUACGUUAAGUAG